CCAUCUCAAGAAAAACAAGAAACAAAAAAACCUAAUAAUUGAAUUUAAUCCUGUCUUCUGUUUUUCACAAAUUGGAAUAAAACUCUAAAAGAUGUUCUCUUGUCACAUGUCUUCUACUUUUUUAUAUCUAAAAAUUUUAUAUUUAAAAAAUUUCAUGUGUUAUUCCUGCUUUCCUACCAGUAAAUAUAUUUAGAUGAUAGUACUUUAAAUGAAGAUGUAGAGUAUGCACUAGUUAUAAGUAUCUAAACCUAAUUCUUAGCAUGUGAAGUCUAAGCUGUGUAAUUUUAUACAAAUAUUUAUGAUUUUCUUAAAAAUGAAGACAUAAAUUACACAUAAGCACUGGUUAAUUAGAGGGGCUUAUUUCACAGGAGAUAAACACUGAGUUGCUGACAUUGUUUAAGGGUGGUUGUGUUCAGUAACUCAGCUGAUACCCCAGGACAUUUCUACAGAGGUGAUAAUGCAGUAUAGGCUAAAUCAUGUGUUUUCAUUGCUCGUGCCAUUCAGAUUUGAUGAUCGUGGACGGAGCGAAUAUGACGGUAUUGGCAAUCGUGACAGAACUGGCUUCGGUAGAUAUGAACGGAGUGGACACAGUCGUUGGUAUGACAAGUCAGAUGAAGAUGAUUGGUCAAAACCACUUCCACCAAGUGAACGCUUAGAGCGGGAACUGUUUUCUGGAGGAAACACGGGGAUUAACUUUGAGAAAUACGAUGAUAUACCAGUAGAGGCUACCGGUAGUAACUGCCCUCCACAUAUUGAAAAUUUCAGUGAUAUUGACAUGGGAGAAAUUAUCAUGGGGAACAUUGAACUUACUCGCUAUACUCGUCCGACUCCAGUGCAAAAACAUGCCAUUCCUAUCAUUAAGGGAAAAAGAGACUUAAUGGCAUGUGCCCAGACAGGUUCUGGAAAAACUGCAGCAUUUCUUUUGCCCAUACUGAGUCAGAUAUAUACAGAUGGUCCAGGAGAAGCUUUGAAGGCUGUGAAGGAAAAUGGAAGAUAUGGGCGCCGCAAGCAAUAUCCAAUUUCCUUGGUUUUAGCCCCAACGAGAGAAUUGGCUGUACAGAUCUAUGAGGAAGCCAGAAAAUUUUCUUACCGAUCUAGAGUUCGUCCUUGCGUAGUUUAUGGUGGUGCUGAUAUUGGUCAGCAGAUUCGGGACUUAGAACGUGGAUGCUACUUGUUAGUAGCCACUCCUGGACGUCUAGUGGAUAUGAUGGAAAGAGGAAAGAUUGCAUUAGACUUCUGCAAAUACUUAGUGUUGGAUGAAGCUGAUAGGAUGUUGGAUAUGGGAUUUGAACCUCAGAUACGUCGUAUAGUUGAACAAGAUACUAUGCCACCAAAGGGUGUUCGUCAGACUGUGAUGUUUAGUGCUACUUUUCCUAAAGGAAUACAGAUGCUUGCUCGUGACUUUUUGGAUGAAUAUAUCUUUUUGGCUGUAGGCAGAGUAGGCUCUACCUCUGAGAACAUCACACAGAAAGUAGUUUGGGUGGAAGACUUAGAUAAACGGUCGUUUCUGCUUGAUCUGUUGGGGGCAACAGGGAGGGAUUCACUGACUUUGGUGUUUGUAGAGACGAAAAAGGGAGCGGAUUCCCUGGAGGAUUUCUUAUACCAUGAAGGAUAUGCUUGUACAAGUAUUCAUGGAGACCGAUCACAGAGAGAUCGAGAGGAGGCCCUUCAUCAGUUUCGCUCGGGAAAAAGCCCAAUUCUUGUGGCUACAGCUGUGGCAGCACGAGGACUGGACAUUUCAAAUGUGAGACACGUUAUCAAUUUUGAUUUGCCAAGUGACAUUGAAGAAUAUGUGCAUCGUAUUGGCCGUACGGGACGUGUAGGAAAUCUUGGCCUUGCCACCUCAUUUUUUAAUGAAAAAAAUGUGAAUAUUACAAAGGAUUUGUUGGAUCUUCUUGUAGAAGCUAAACAAGAAGUGCCUUCUUGGUUGGAACAUAUGGCUUAUGAACACCACUACAAAGGUGGUAAUCGUGGACGAUCUAAAAGAUUCAGCGGAGGAUUUGGUGCUAGAGACUAUCGACAGAGUAGUGGUUCCAGCAGUUCUGGCUUCAGUGGUAGUCGUGCAAGCAGCAGCCGCAGUGGUGGAGGUGGUUACGGCAGCAGUAGAGGAUUUGGUGGAGGUGGCUAUGGAGGCUUCUACAAUAGCGACGGAUAUGGAGGAAAUUAUACCUCCCAGGGGGUUGACUGGUGGGGCAACUGAAUCUGCUUUGCAGCAAAGUCACCCUUACAAACAAGCUAAUAUGGAAACCACAUGUAACUAAGCCAGACUGUAUCAUGUUUCCUCAAGAACUUGCAGUACAUUACCAGCAGUGAUUGUCCUGAAAAUUUAGGGAAGCUCAAAGUCACAAGAAGAAAAUCGAAAGGAAAUAAAAUAGCAGCCCUAUUCAGAAAUUGGUUUGAAGACUUAAUUGCUGUAGUUUGGAUUUAACUCUUCCCCUCCGGCUUUCGUCCCACCCCAAACUGCAUUUAUAAGUUUGUGGCUAAGGAUCGUUUUGUUUGUUAAGGUACUGUGACUUUAACUUUAGACAACUUAUUACUUUGAUAUCCUGUGGGAUCAGUAGUACUCAUGAUACCAACUGUUCUGACAAAAUUAAUUUACUAAACUUGGCCUAAAAUCAACCGUUGGCACACAGGUGUGAUACAACUUCAACAGAUAACCAUCAAUUCAUCCAUAAAUAUAAAUGGGGAAAAAAAAAAAAAAAAAUUUAGACAGUAGCCUGCAUUCAGACUGUUUGAUUCUUGUAGACUUCGGGGUUGGGGGAUCACCUUAAAGCAUUAAAGCAUAGUUUUUUUUAUGUGGCCAACCUAUACUAAGUUUUCCUUUGCUCACUGUAUCCUGCAUAGGCAUGUAGAAACCUACACUCUACAUAAGCCAUUCCACCUAUGAUGAGGUGGAAUGUAUCACCAUCCCCUUAAUAUUUUUGAAAGAGCUCUUAAAGUUAAUUCGAGUAAAUACAGCAGUUUCUCUUUCAAAGUUUACGAAGUUGAUUUUAAGUUAGGCAGAUGUGGGCGUAUUAUCAAAGGAGAGGUUUAAAGUUUUGAUAAAAUGUUUGGGGUGUUAUCAUUUAUUUAGUUUUUUUGUGCAUGCUAUAAAAAUUUGAAAUGUUAAAUGGCUGACCAUCGCAAUGACCAAGCCUCACGACAGGCCUGUUUGGAUUCUGGUCUUUAAAUGCAUACUAGUAUUGAUGUUUUUUGGUCAAGAAAGGAUUUAAACAGGAAGGAUUUUGCAGCAGGCUUUAAUUUAAAUGUAGAUUCAUAUUCUGUUUAAGUUGCAGUGAAAUGUUAAAAUGGCUUACACUUGUAGACUUUGUAAAUCUAAGACUGACAAAUGCUUGAAAUCAAGGUUGCACAUGUGUACUAAACUGCACAAGGUAUGCGUUCUCUAUAUGCAAUUUUAGUGUAUUUUACUUGCAUAGAUUUCCAUUGUACUGUAUUUAUAGUCUGAUGGUAAAUUUGGCCAAGAUGAUUGUCCACUGCUAAAAAUGCCUCUCCUACUUUGAAUUCUGCACCGAUUUUUGUGGCCAGAAUACAAUGAUCUUCAAAAGCAAAUCUUUUCACUAGCAUAAGAAGUUGGAAAAAUUUCUUAAAGUGCUAUCGAUUUUCAAGUAUAUGUGCCUUGUAAAAUUUAUAAGUAGGUGUACUUCACAGUAUUGAGGUCAUUUGUUAAGGUGCUAUUUCAAUUAGUAUAAGUUUAGACUCUUGUACAUUUUGCCCAUAACUUUUUACAAAGUAUUUAUUUUACUGCAGAUUCAGAUAAUUUUGUAUAUGUAUGUCUUGUGUGCGUGUCCUAAACCUCCCAGUUUUAUUUUGUCUCCCGGAGAUUGUUGAAUGCAGCCAGUCAAGAAGUAGAUUGUUACAUUUUAUUUGGGACCAUAUAAUGAUAGUUGAGAAGAAAACUAUUUGCACACAACAGACUUUAGAUACUUUUUGCUGCUAGUUGUGUAAUAUUUAUUGAAUAUUUUGACAAAUAUUUAUUUUUGUAAGCCUAAAAAUGAUUCUUUGAAAGUUUAAAGAAACUUGACUACAGAAAACAGUGGCAUUUGAAUGUCGAGUGUCACUGUAUGUGAAAUAAUAUAUUUUGGGGUAGUGUGAGCUUUUAAUGUUAAGUUGUAUUAAACGAGUUAAAUUAAGCAGACUCGGUGUUGACAAUGUAGCUAUAAUUUUCUGAGAAAAUUUAAGACAGAAUUGUCAACUUGAAUUUAAAACAUGCCAAGGUUUUGAUACGCUUGUCUUAAGAUAUUCAUGAAACACAUCUGAACACUGAUAUGAAGUGUCUGCAUCCACACACGUUCUCUGAAUUUUGUUACGUGUUUUGUUUUGAUCUUCAGUGAUUGUAUGGCAUAUUUACAGUCCUCAGACAUGUAGUUAUUUUUGUGUUUUGCCAUAAUCAGUGACUUACAUUCAGUUUCAUCAGCCAGCAGUAUUUUCAGUAAAGAAUGUAAUUGCUGAAUGUAAGCUUUGAGCCUCGAGUCACUGUAAGUUUAGUAAUUGCUUAUUGUAUUAGUUGCAGAUGCUGGCACUGCAUAUGCUCUGUUAUUCUGAUUUUACUACGAUAAAAAGUUAAAAAUCUGU